ACCGCCUCUUUUUUAACUUCUAGCUCAAGUGCGGAUGUGAGUUGUAUAUUGAUACGGAACAAGCCGUCGCCACUUUUUUUUUUGUUUUAGCAAUGCGUGCUUAGGCAAUGCUCAUUUUGUGGAGCUAUGAAUCCAGAGGAGCAGACUGUAACGUGGUUAAUAUCACUAGGAGUGCUCAGCUCACCUAAAAAGAACAUAGCGGACCCGGAGGAGUUUUUGAAAACAUCGUUGAAGGAUGGGGUGGUCUUGUGCAAGCUCACGGAGAGGCUCAUACCUGCUUGCAAUCCCAAGUAUUGCCAGGACCCGAGAACUGAAGCUGAAUGCAUUUCAAACAUCAGGGAGUUUCUAAGAGGAUGCUCGUCCUUGAAAGUGGAGGGAUUUGAACCGGAGUGGCUGUACUCUGGCGAGAACUUUGGCAAGGUGCUGACAACUCUGCUGGCAGUUAACUUCGCCACACAAGACUGUGCUGCUGAGAGGUCAUGUCAGCAGUCCGGUGCCCCCUCUCCUAGUCAGUCGACAUCCUCACAUCCACUUUCCUCGGCCAAAUCCAAAGGCUCUCUGCGCAGACAAUCCAAAUCAGUGGAGAUGUCUGAGAACGGAGGAGGUGGGCAGUCGUUGGUGAAGGCCCGCUUCAACUUCAAGCAGAACAACGAGGACGAGCUGUCGUUCAAUAAAGGGGACCUUAUCCUUGUGUCACGGCAGGAGGAGGGAGGAUGGUGGGAGGGCUCACUCAACGGCAAGGCGGGCUGGUUCCCCAGUAACUAUGUCAGGGAAAUCAAACCUUGCGACAAACCAGCGUCUCCUAAAGGAACACAGCUGACCAAGAACUACUACAGUGUGGUUGUGCAGGACAUCUUGGAUCACGAGCGGGAGUUUGUCAAAGAAUUACAGACAGUACUCAGUAGUUAUCUACGACCCCUACAAGCCAGCGACAAGCUGAGCAGUGCAGACGGGACCACCCUGUGUGGAAACCUGGAGGAGAUCCUCACCUUCCAGCAGGGGCUAUGUGUAGCUUUGGAAGAAUGCACCAAAGUCCCAGAGGGCCAGCAGCGAGUGGCGGGCUGCUACUUAAACAUGAUGUGUCAGAUCAAGACUCUGUACCUGGCUUACUGUUCCAGCCACCCCUCCGCAGUCUGCAUCCUCACUGAUCACAGUGAGGAACUGGACAAGUUCAUGGAGAGCCAGGGAGCCAGUGCUCCAGGGAUCCUGACCCUCACCACCAGUCUCAGUAAGCCCUUCAUGAGGCUCGACAAGUACCCCACCCUGCUGCAGGAGCUGGAGAGACAUGUGGAGGAAGCCCACCCGGACUAUGCAGACAUUGUAAAGGCCACUGCAGCAUUUAGGAACCUAGUGACACAGUGUCAAGACCUGCGGAAGCGCAAGAAUCUGGAGCUCCAGAUCUUGUCAGAGCCGGUGAGGGCCUGGGAGGGAGACAGCAUGAAGAGCCUGGGUCACGUGGCCUACAUGUCCCAGGUCCAUGUGAAAAAUGGGUCCAGUGAGGAAAAAGAGGAGCGCUAUCUAAUGCUUUUUCCUAAUGUGUUGGUCAUGCUUUCCGCCAGUCCCAGAAUGAGCGGCUUUAUAUAUCAGGGAAGACUGGCGCUGACCGGUACCAUGGUAACAAGACAUGCUGAGGAUGCAGAAAAUGCACACUAUGCCUUUGACAUCGCAGGAAGCUUGAUCGAUCGUAUCACAGUGUUCUGCAGUAGUGCCCAGGAGCUACAGGAGUGGCUAGAGCACCUUCAGCCGUUUACCAAAGGAGGCAGCCCUUCAGGCACCAUCUCAAAGACUGUAGAAGGAAAGCCACUGAGUAUGGUCGGCACCCCCUCUCACCUGUGCCACCUGGGCAGCUUCAGCUCUGUCAGUCGCGGCCCCCUUGAACCGCCAAAGAUCAGCAAGCCGUGGUCGCUCAGCUGCCUACGCCCAGCGCCCCCCCUCAAACCUUCUGCUGCCCUGGGUUACAAAGAGAGGAUGUCUUAUAUCAUGAAGGACUCCAGUAAGAGCCCACGGCCCAUAAAGAAGUUCCUGCCAGGCAACAGGAAGAAGGAGCGGAAGCCGUCUGAUGACGAUGUACAGACGAGGAAAAGCACGGUCGCCCUGGAAGAGGACGCUCAGAUACUGAGGGUGAUCGAGGCGUACUGCACAGGAGCAAGCCUGCACCAGACCACCACAGCGGUGAGGAAAGAGUGUGUCCCUCAGGUGCUCCUGCCAGAGGAGGAGAAGAUCAUCGUGGAGGAGAUGAAGAGCAACGGGCAGACUGUUAUUGAGGAAAAGAGCCUGGUUGAUGCUGUUUAUGCUUUAAAGGAUGAGGUUCACGAGCUGAAAAAGCUGUCUUUGUCUGUAUGUUUCACAGGAGAACAAGUGGAUGAAACAGUUCCUGGAGGAGGAGCAGAAGUCUCGCAAAGACCUGGAGAGAGUUGUUCGAAAACUGGCCAAGCAGAAGAAUGACUGUUCUUGGGAAGACGGCGGCCACUGAACACAUCUGUUCAAUCAUACUCAUCCUGGUGUGUCAGUGUGCGAGAGUGUAUCGGUCAAAUUAUGCAAGCAUGCUUGGGGAGAAACAGAUUUCGGUUUGUGUGUGCAUGAGUGAGUGUGUGUCUGUCGAUUUCAUGUGUCUCUAAAUUUUAACAUCAACGUACGCUAUGUUGGACUCGCUUCCUUAGCGAAUAUGCUCCAGGUUUUUUCUCGCUGCGAAUGCUGGAGCGAGCUGUGACACUUUGAUGACAUCUAAUCCGUCUUCCUGAUCCAGCUUCUCACUUUGAGACUGCAAACAUGCCUCUUCAAUUACCAGCCUAGCAGAACCCAGACUGAUCAAGUGGGAUGUUUUCAAACAUACUGCCUCCUGGCUUGCUGGCACUGUGAAAAACUCCCCAGCUAAUGGAGCUAUUCAGAACGAGGACAGACGGCGUUCUCUGCUCCUUCUUUUUGCUUCAGUUGGAAAAAAAGAAAAGGAGUACAAAGCCAUCGAGUCCAACACAUGUUCUCCUGCAUGCACUUCUGUUACCAGAGGAGAGUGGAUUUGACUUCCCUUAACACCUUGAAUCAUUUUCAUUUUGUACUUGUCACAAAACCUCCCAGUGAGAAGAUAAUUCUUUGAGCUUUCAUGAGCAUGUGUGAUGAUGAGCUUUCUGCAACACUCAAGACAUUCAUAUUUCAACUUUCCAGGAGGCUUUUUUGUAGGCACGUCAAAUCAGAUUAGACCAUCAUGUACCAUUCAAUCGUUUCAUUAAAAAAAAAAAAAAAAACACCUUUACGGUUUAUUUAAAAACUGCAUGAAUGUACAGCGUUCCUACAGGAUGAAUUCUGCAUCAGAAAUAUGAUCAUCAAGAUGAACAGGUAUAACUAGUCCAAAGCUUUCAGGGAUGACUCCUCAACAUAGAAUAGAAAAGGCUCAACGAUUUAUCACUUAUGAUACAAGAGGGCGCAAGAUGUGACCCCUUCUUUUCUUACUAAAAUGUACUCAUGUAAUAGUUUAACAUAAAAUUCAUAAAGAUAUUCUUUAUUUAUUGCACACCCAAGCAUUUAUUGAGGUGUCUGUUUUAUUACUAAGCUAUACUGGUGUGUAGGAAAAACAUCAAGGUUUUGGCCAAGGGAAGAAAUGUAUUUUGUCAUCGCGGAAUAGGAAAAAAAUGACUUUAAUAUAGAUUUUUUUUGUUGUUAGCAGCCUCCCAGCAGCUUCAUGCAGAGUAUAUGGAGUCAGGCAGAGGGAUUUAUUUGUGGAUGUAAAGUGGAGUUCGGCUGUUUUAAGUGCCUCACCGAAAAGGGUAAGUAAAUUGUCAAGAGAGUUUGAGACCAUACAGGGACUGAACAUGGAGGAUUAAUUUUGAAAGUGUCGCGGUUGGUUUGUUGUAGUAUUUCAAUAGGAACGGCUCAGUCUUUAUGAGGGCUUUGUUGCUAACCUAGUUGCAAAAAGAACCCGCACCGGUACAUUUCCUCAUGAGGUUAAUUGUGUGUGCACUGUCGACACUGUUGUGUACUCUUUCUGUGCUGUAAAGCAGCAGUGGAUGUUAUUGAAAUGCAAUAAGUGACUGCUUUACUGGCUCAAGUCUGGGUUUGACCCAGCAUGGAAAGCCAGCUUUGGAGAUAUUGUAAUAAUAAUCUUAAUAAUGAAUUAACCCGAUUUAUUAACCAAAUAGGGCCGGGCCACGUGGCCAGUUUGGCCUUGUAUUUUUUUUUUCUGUCCAUUUGCCUUUAUUGUUCUGUGUCGUCUGGUAUUGAUGAUAGUUUUAAGUGUCUCUGUUCAGGGCCAAGCUUCCAUUAGAAAUGUUUGAUAUGUAACAUCAUUAUGGACAAUCCAUAUUAGGAAGUGCACAUCUGUAUAGUGCAGGGUACGAGGCAGCACAGGUACAUCUGCAACAAUCUUUUCUUCCCUUUUUUGUUUGUUGCUUAAAGGCACUUCAGCAAAGAAAAAAAAUGUCUCAUUAAGCUGCUAGAGCUGAUUUUUAAUCACUAUUUCUGUUCAAUCUGUACAGAUGUGUGCUUCCUGUACAGAUGUGAGACUGUCUCAUUAUAAGUUAUCCAUGGAGAUUAACGUUAUCGAUGUAUUGGUAUUCUCAAUUGUUUUCAUCGAGUACCACAAACUGUAGUUUUUCAAUUCCCAGCAGCCUCAGUGAGCACUUUCUGGUGGGAGUGGGUUGAGCACCGGUUUGUUGAUCUGAAAUGACGUCUCCAGACCCACUGUGUGUGUGUGUGUGUGCGUGUGCGUGUGCGUGUGCGUGUGCGUGUGUCCUAUUGAAAGGUUGUUCUAUGCAAGUAUUGAAAUGCUUUUUUUCUAGAAACUCUGUACUUUGUGUUUGGUAUGGUCAUUCUUUUAUUAAAGAUUUAAUAUAAGAAUUGGA